AUCCAUAUUCUCACUUCCCCUCACCCCCUGGGUUCCUCUUGAACGCCAUGGCUCCGAACUUCCCUCCCGACACUGCUGGCCCGGACGCAGUCCGUGCCUACAUCGCGCGAGUCCUCGUCAAAAGAUACGAUGCAUCCCCCGAGCUCGCAGAAAAAUUGGCCAGCUGUUGGCAGCUAGGCCGGGGGUCUGAGCUCCGUGCUGCAUCGUUGAACCAUCUGCAAAGCGACUUUGGGAAUGAGGCUGGCCUGUGCCUUCACCGCGCCAUUCGGGAGGAUAUUAUUGAUGACUGGCAGGAAACAACAGCAGCGGCAUUCACCAUCUGGCUCGCAUCUACCGCUACCGUCAUCCAUACCGUGGUUCUCGUUUUGUUUUUCUUGCCCGAAUUGAGAUUCCAAUCUGCUUGCGAACGUAUCAAGCUGGCGAGGUCGCCCGCGUCGUGGUUGUUCUUCGGUGUCGCCAUGUUGAACUAUGCCUUCCAAAGACGACGUCACGAAAAUUUGACCUCUGUCCCAAUAGCGAUUGCUGCGGGGGUUAUCAGUAUUGGGGUAGGGGUUCAGAUGUUUACUCCCUAGAUGCAUAUAAGCCGCCAUUAUAGAGCCCCUUUCUUUCUAUAUCAUAGGAUAUCAAGGAACGCGGGGUUGGCAUAUUGGACGCCGGAUACCUUCUCAUACCAGGGACAUCUGCAUCAUUUACUCCAGUACCAUAUACCCAUGUACAUUCGAUGAAUGGAGUAUUGAAUAUUGCACAUCCUCUUGACCUGCCUGAGACCUGCCUAGACAUCAAUGAACAUGCUGAUAGUACAUGAAAC